AUGCAAAAUGAUGUCCAUGGGUUCAUGAAGAGUCAGAAGUAUCUGAACCACACCACGGCGUCUUUUUUGGCUCCUUGGCCUGAACUCAGUGAUCAAUGCAGCUCCCUAAAGGAACUUGACAGUUCACGAGAAAGUAAGCAUUCAGAAAUCAGCAUUAAUCAUUUCUCCAUGAUGGCCCGGCCAUAUGCUAUAUUACUCGAGGAAUCAGCCGAUCGGCAGUAUGAAAUCCCUCAGCCAUUUCGCCAUUCCAAACCACCCAAAGACGGUUUCCUGAUAGAGCAAGUCUUUAGCCCUCACCCUUAUCCGGCAUCACUCAAAUCCCAUAUGAAGACCAACCCUCUUUACACAGACAUGCGCUUGACAGAGCUGGCUGAAGUGAAACGAGUCCAGCCUUCGUGGACCGUUGAGGAGUACACCAGGAAUUCGGGAGAGAAAGGGAAGUUGGCAUCUUUGGACCUACAGACUCAAGAAUCCUUGAAUCCCAACAAUUUAGAAUAUUGGAUGGAGGAUAUCUAUACACCAGGAUACGAUUCGUUAAUAAAGCGUAAGGAGGCUGAAUUCCGAAGAGCGAAAGUUUGUAAAAUAUCUGCUCUAAUUGCAGCCGCCGCCUGUACAGUUAUUUUGGUCAUUGUGGUUCCAAUAUGUACUAUGAAAUCGUGAAUCCCCAGGAUGGCUGAAUCGACAAACUGCCUUGUACAGAACUUUGCUUUGGAUAUCCCAUCGAUGUUUAACAUACUACCGUAUGGCAAAAAAUAAAAAUAAAAAAUGUUCCCACUAGUUGGGAAGGAUACGUCGGAGGAUCCCAACAAAGCAAGCAUGCAAAGAAUUUUAGGUGUAUUUUUUUUAAAAUUGUAUUCAUUUUAAAGAAAAAAAGUACAACAUCCUUUUAAACCAGCAACAUGCCUCGCAGACUUAAAGGCUCCUCGGUUUAAAUUUUUACAAGUGGAUUUUCCCCGUGUCCUCUGAAGACAAGAAAAAAUGUCCUCCUGUAACUGGAAAUGGAUGAAGAGCAAAAAGUGGGGGUGUUUUUUCUCCUUCCUGUACUUUUAUACUGAAUUAUUAUAUAUAGAUGACUAUUAAUUCUUGUACAAUAUUGCAUUUACCAGACAGAGAGCAACCCUUAGCGUUUCCCGAAAUGUAAACUAUCUGAAUGUAUUGUGUAUCCCAUUUUGUUACACGUUCUUUAUGGGUUAAGUUUCGAAAACAGAUUGUGCGAUUCUUGGAGAGAUUGUGUGUUCCUACCCCUGGGAUUCAUAAGGGCUGUUUGUAAUCUGGUCUCGCCCUACAGGUUCCUUUGAGAUCAUCCCAGGGUCUGGAGGUCAUGCCAUCUGCUGUAGACCAAAAAAAGGUUGCGUUGAACAAGCCCUUUCUGAAAGGGAACAUUUGCAUAAAUGUCACAUUUAUGAAAAAGAACCUGGCAUGUGCACCGCAGUCCUUUGACUUUUUUUUCCCCCACCUCCACAAAUGGUACCUAAAUGUCUUCCUUUCAUCCAGCUUUGGCCAUCUGCAAUCAAAUGACUUCCAAGAAGUGCUUCUUGGCUUUCAUACAUUCUUGGAACUAUAAGCAAGAAAGUGAAAAUAUUACAAAAAAUCCUCCCUCAUUCCUUUUACGUGUUGAAAGAGGCUGUUUAAAGUAGCACCAUUGUGAAGGUGAAUAGAUGUGUCCCAGGAUAAUGUUGCAGGAUCAGUCUGGGUCAAUCACCGGGACCAGAGGUUUUGUCUUCUGAGUCGGAGUUGUACUGGAGGCCAUCCUCGGGGAAAUUCUUGUUCUAACCCAGGCUUCCUUAAAAAGCAAGAAGCUAAGUCUUGGUCCCAGCAAAACCCCUUUUAUUUAUAUGACU